AUGAGCAUCAAGCAGUUCGCUCGGGCAAUAGCUCCCGCAGGUCAAAGGUACAGCGAUGAUGACGCUUCAUGUUCUGCAGAAGGAAUCAGCCCCGGAGUUUGCGCGCUUGCGUCGCUGGCUCGGCCGUCAUCCACAAAAGCCUUUUCAGCCAUGGGCGGCGCCGAUUGCAACAAGAAGGAGAGCCGAGACAGGCUGGAGCGCGCCUUGAUUGCAGAAAUUGAGUCCGCCCUGGCGGGAAAUCACACAGGAAUUGAUGAAAAGCGUUUGCGCCAGCUCGAGGAGGAGCUCAGACCUAUUUACACAACCUUGCCGGCAAAAGAUGCGGAUGGAGAAGAAGGAGGACUUGGAUAUGCCGCUGCAAAAUAUUUGCUACAUCAGCAUUUUCUGCGGCAGCAUGCAUGGUAUGUUCGAGGCUUGAAUCCAGCAGGGGAUGGCCGCAAGCCGCCUGAUGACAAGGAGGCGCUUCGAAGCCGAGUGGCUGGGCAUCUUUUGGAGGUCAUGGAAGGCAAGGCGCCGAAUGGCCUGGAUUUGAAGAUGCUUGCAGUGUUUGUUGCAACUUUGGAGCACUUGAUCCAUGGAGACCAGCGAGAACGCUUGAAGCAAGCAUGGCUAAUACAUGGCCUAAAGCCAGAUGAUGCAACAAGCCCUGAAGGGCUUGUGACAGUUCUUGAGGUGUUCAUGGCUCACUAUGUCUAUGUCAGCCAAAAGAAUGACAGUGGAUAUGCACUCACCUCGGAAAAGGCCGCUGAAGAGGUCAAAACCAUUUCUCGAAUCUAUGGAGGCUGGCCGCAGAUCCAAGACUUUAUUCAAAAACAGGUCGCAAUUCACCAAAAGAAGAGAGUAUCAUUUGAUGAUGCUGCCAAUGCAGCCGAUGCGGUGCUGCUUGUUUUCCAAGAGGUCUCUGGAUCAAUGUGCCAUGAUAUGGAAAAACGGUUCAAUCUCUACCUGGAGGGCAAGAGGGCCGCGUUAAAUUGA